GGAACCUUCGUUUGCAGGGCCUGCGAGGACUUUGCUCCCCCGUGGUGUCUUUGGCAGGCAGCCGGCGAGGGGUUCCUCCCCCUUCUUCCACAGCGCGCCCGUUGCGCCCGGCUCAGGGCUUCCAUCGGCUGCAAGGGAGCCGCUGGGAGAAACGAGCGGGGGGCGGGAGUUUCGGGCGAAGCCAGCCUGACCCCUCCCCAGCUGGGGGUCCACGGGGUGCUGCCCCCAGGCAGGGCCGCUCAAGCUGUCCCGGGAGCAAAGCGGUCCGCCUUUAAGCCGCCCCGAGCGGCUCCCCGGCACCUGAAUCCCAUCUCCGGCCGUGGCAGCUGAGGCUCCUUAAGGCCAGCCGGCCGGCCCGGCCCCGUUCCGCCUCGGCCGCGAUGGAGCCCCUGCGGGGUCUGGCGGGCCAGGUGUGGGCCCUGCGGCGCUCCCUCCGCCUGCUGCUGGGGCUGCUGGUGCCCUGCCUGCUCCUGCUGCUCCUGCUCAGCGCGCUGCUCCUCCUGCGCUGGCGCCUCUGCCGGAGGGUGGGGGCCGGCCGGGGCCCUUCCACGCCCCCCCGCUUCCUCCCGGGGACCCCCAGGGCUGCCGUGCUCAGCCACGAUCCGGGCGGCGGGAUGGCCCGGCGGCAGCUCGCGCAGACCGGCCCCCGGGCGCCCUGUUGCGGGAGGAGGCCGGCCGCGUCCUACCUGCCCGCCUGCAGCCCUCGGCCGCUCCGCCCGGAGAGAGGGGCGCCGCCCACAGCCGGCUCCUCCUCCUCCAACGACUUGGAGAAGCCGCCGGUCUUGGUGCCCCCCAACUCUCUGGUCACCUCCUCCGGCACUGGGGGUGUCCUGGAGAAGGUCUUCUCCAGCUGCCACACCAGCACCCAGAGGAAGCCCCGUACCUGCAGCAGGGUGGCACUGGGCACCCAUUCCAGCACGGGGCCCUUUGAGUUUGGCAGCAGCAUCCGGCCCGGGGACAGGAGGGCCCACCUCAACUCUGCCAACUUCACGGCCUCGCAAGGACCCGGCCUGGACUCGGACUUUGGCGCCAGUGCUGGCGUUUCUGUCCGGAUCUUGUCAACUGACAGCGAAGGCAGUCCCAACACACCCGUUGUGCAUCGCCAACAAGCCGGACACUUUGAGUGGGACUACUACGACCCCAGCUACAAGAGGAAAGCUCAGCUCCAUCGUUCCGUGCCUCCCAUCUGCAGCAAACAGUACUGGCUGUGACCUAGGAGAGUCCACAAGUUCUCUUUGCCACACUUUGUGCGUGUGUGCGGAAGAGAGGUGGCGUGUUGGGAUUUAUUGUGAGGAAGGAUUUUAGUCAUGGUCUUCCUCUUUGGCUUGCACUCUGCUUAUUGGGAGAGAUUUCCUGUUGCGGCUGAAUGUCUCCCCCAUGGAAUAUUUUCACAUCACAAAAAGCUUCCCUUACCCUUAUCUGCACCUGGAAUAUCAGGAGUGUCCAACCGUGGCGACUUUUAAGACUUGUGGACUUUAACUCCCAGAAUUCCCCAGCCCUGGGAGUUGAAGUCCACAAGACUUAGUCGCCAAGGUUGGACACCCCUGCUUUAGACAAUACUUCUGUGCCCAAAUACGAACCUUUUGGCACCCCCAGCCUGUGGCUGCCCACUUCAUUCAUCCCAGUCCGUUUUCGCAGUCCUUUCAAGCACAAGACCCACACUGACACUCAGCUCUAGGUAGCACUGAACAAAAAACUUAGUUAGAAUGCCACCAAUCUAAUCUCAAGAUCCAAAGUGAUUGAACACCUGACCAGGGAGGGACACACAGGUCAACCUCACAGUUGCUCAUUCUGCACAUCAGCACCAACUUCCUAAGCAUGGGAUGCAAGGAGAGAGACCUGGUGAGAUACAAACCUUGAUGGCAGCCUGUGAUGCCUGAUUUUAUAGUGCUUAUUAAAGAUACUGAACUUUU